AUGGUCUCCUAUGUACCACCGCAUCAGAGAGGCUACCAGAAUCAAAAUUCAAAUGCUCCCUCGCAACAACAGGGAAGUCAAGGACCACAAGGAAAUUUCCAUCAUGGGUCAGGAUCCUCUUCCGAUAAUCCGCCGGGAGCAACCUCCGGCCAGCCGACGGCAAAGCAACCCAAGGGAACAGAGAAGCUGAUUGGAGAUUUGCUAAACUCCCAACAGCAUAUCCAAGGAAACAUGCAAGCCAACAAUGAUGUGGUACACAAGCUACAAGAUGCUCUGCUAGAACACAAGGCAGCCCUAGACAUGCUCACCAAACAAAUCUCACAAAUGGCAACUACAUUGAACGAGAUACGCAGGCAUAAUAGUCAUCUUCUCGCCACUGUCAAGAUGCCAGACAAAGCCAACAUCAGCAAGAUUACUCUGAGGUCGAAGAAGGAUUAUGCUGAACCCUUAGGGGGAACAGACGAAGGAAAAAAAGGGCCAUUGCCUCAUUUUUCCGACCCGGUACUUCCUGAUGAGGAACCUGAAGAGUUGCACGAAGAGAAAAGAAGACAAAAGGAAGACCCCGCCGAUUUUAUGGAAAUUUUUGGAAAGCCCAAAAUCAACCUAUCAUUCCUACAGGCAUUGAAGCUGCCACCGUUCAGUAGAUUCAUCAAGGAUUUCAUAGCCGGGAAGGCGAAAGCUGACGGAAAAAUCGUGAUCAGGGAAAGUAUGUCAACAGUUAUCCAGAAGAAAAGGCUUCCUUCAAAAAGAACAGAUCCUGGGAUGUUCACCUUGCCCAUCAUCAUUGGGGACGUCAACAUCGAGCAUGCUAUGGCGACUUAG